AUGCCGUGUACUCCUCCAAGUCUGGUGCCUCCGGUGGUUGCUGCCUCCCUGAACAUGUGCCAGACAAAGAGCCAGAAGACGCAUCCACAAGAGAAGAGGAUCAUCGAUGCUACAACAACCAGGAAUUUGUGUGUCAAGACUGGAACGCCGGACCGGACAAAGAGCCAGAAGACGCAUCCACAAGAGAAAAGGAUCAUCGAUGCUACAACGACCAGGAAUUCGUGUGUCAAGACCGGAAUGCCGGACCAGUACGAAGACGACACCUCACAACGAGUUAUGGGAGAAAUUGCCUUCCAGCUAGAUCGUAGGAUCCUGUUGUAUGUCUUCCAUACAGGAAUCCGGAUGUAUGGAUUCAGAGUGCUGAACAUCUCCCAGAUCACUCAGAUGAGUAAACACGCUGCGGAGCAGGAUGCAAUGAACCAUCGCUACCGAGAACUAAUACAGAACCUGGGAAACUUUGGCUAUAGCAUCCAAAAGCAUGCCAGAUUUGCAGAAGAUAUUGUCAACACCUUUGGAUUCCUGAAGGAGAAGCCUCUGUGCCCGACUUUAUUAACCACCUACAAUGAUGUACAGUAUCUGCAGAAAAUCAUUCAUGAGAACGCUCCACACAAUUUGGUGCUUGACCUCAUGGUGCUACUUAAUUGCUUGGCGGACAUGUCAAGGAAAGAUGGGAAACCACUGUUCAUUUGGUAGAAACUAUAGUGCAAGAUAACAAGUGGCAGACAGAGCAAAAGAAUCACAACCACACAUUGUAAAGUCAAUAAAACUGGCACAUGCUAAUCUGUAAUCAAACUUGAAAGUUAUCAUGUUCAGUUUUAUCCUCAACCAAA